UUUCACUGGUAUCAAAACGGAAUUUUCUGCUGUAAUUCGCCAAAAGGUUCACCGUCGAAGUCAUGUCGAGAGAUCGGGCCGAUCUGAAUCGCAGUUCCGAUUCAAUCCUCAUCUGAGCCCGUUCAACAGUGAAGAAGAUCUGAACCCUUUACCAUCCAUAUCAGAUUCAUAUUUUAGCCGCAAGGAAUUUGAGCACAAUGCUGCGGUUGCGUGCCUUUCGCCAGACGAACGAUAAGAUCGUGAAGAUUCAGUUGCACCCGACGCACCCAUGGCUUGUCACUUCAGAUGCCUCCGAUCACGUCUCUGUUUGGAAUUGGGAACAUCGCCAGGUGAUUUACGAGUUGAAAGCUGGGGGUGUGGAUGAGAGGCGUUUGGUUGGAGCCAAGUUGGAGAAGCUGGCCGAGGGCGAAACAGAAUCUGAAGGAGCCUUUUCACUUAGCUCUUCUAUGGAGGAUAAAUCCUUAAUUGAGGCAAUUAAAUCACGAGGAAAACCCACAGAAGCUAUACGAGGUGGAAGUGUUAAACAGGUUAGCUUUUAUGAUGAUGAUGUACGCUACUGGCAGCUUUGGCGGAAUCGAUCUGCUGCUGCUGAAGCUCCAACAGCAGCCAAUAAUUUAACUUCAGCUUUCAGUUCCCCUCCCCCCUCAACAAAAGGACGCCAUUUUCUUGUCAUAUGUUGUGAGAACAAAGCAAUUUUUCUAGAUUUGGUCACAAUGCGUGGCCGAGAUGUACCAAAACAGGACUUGGACAACAGAUCUCUAUUAUGGCAAGUCAUGGAAUUCCUGUGUAGAUCCUCUGGUAGUGAUGGACCUCUUGUGGCAUUUGGUGGAUCAGAUGGUGUGAUUAGAGUUCUUUCCAUGCUAACUUGGAAGGUAUACUGGAGGUCACAAGGGAUCAAUUUCUUGUUUGAUGACUUUCAUGGCCUCCUCUGGGGAGGCAAAUGCAUCGAGUCCAAUUUCCAUGCCUUUAUCUGCUUCCACAUUUGUCUUGGUCUUUAUGUCUAUUGUGUUCUGUUUUUCGUUAUUCUCACUUUUAUUGAUGUGCACAUGAAUCAGGCCCUUCUGGUUUCUGGUGGUAGCGAUGGCUUGCUUGUUCUUUGGAAUGCAGAUUAUGGUCAAGAUACCCGAGAACUUGUUCCCAAGCUGAGCUUAAAAGCACAUGAUGGUGGGGUUGUUGCGAUUGAGCUUUCUCGUGUUGUUGGUGCUGCACCACAACUCAUUACAAUUGGUGCAGACAAGACUUUAGCUAUCUGGGACACAAUGUCAUUCAAGGAAUUGCGCAGGAUAAAGCCUGUCUCAAAAUUGGCUUGCCACAGUGUGGCAUCUUGGUGCCAUCCUCGAGCUCCAAAUCUCGAUAUUCUGACCUGCGUUAAAGAUUCUCAUAUAUGGGCUAUUGAGCAUCCUACUUAUUCAGCCCUGACAAGGCCAUUAUGUGAACUGUCAUCAUUAGUCCCACCUCAGUUGCUUGCAUCUCACAAGAAGCUUAGGGUGUAUUCUAUGGUUGCACAUCCUUUACAACCCCAUCUUGUGGCAACUGGAACCAACAUGGGUGUCCUCAUCUGUGAAUUUGAUCCGAAAUCACUUCCACCUGUUGCUCCAUUACCAACAGCUCCGGGAAGCCGAGAACAUGCUGCUGUUUAUGUUGUUGAAAGGGAACUGAAACUGUUGCAAUUUCAAUUGUCUAACACUGCAAAUCCAGCUCUUGGCAGCAAUGGCUCCUUAAAUGAAGUGGGAAGAGUCAGGGGAGACACACCAGAACAACUUCAUGUGAAGCAAGUCAAAAGCCAUAUCAGCACUCCUGUUCCACACGAUUCAUACUCAGUUCUCUCUCUGAGCAGUUCAGGAAAUGAUUGGUCGAUUGUCGAUUCGGGUAGUGCGAGGCUCUUGGCUUGGGACACCUGCAGGGACCGGUUUGCGCUGCUGGAGUCCGCAUUGCCGCCCAGAAUGCCAAUAAUCCCUAAAGGCAGCUCCUCCAGGAAAGCUAAAGAAGCUGCAGCAGCAGCCGCUCAAGCUGCUGCGGCCGCAGCUUCAGCCGCUUCCUCCGCCAGUGUUCAGGUACGCAUAUUGCUGGACGAUGGAACAUCAAACAUAUUGAUGAGGUCAGUCGGUAGCCGCAGCGAACCAGUGAUCGGUUUGCAUGGAGGAGCACUACUUGGUGUCGCUUAUCGGACAUCUCGAAGGAUAAGUCCUGUUGCCGCCACAGCCAUUUCAACAAUUCAAUCCAUGCCCUUGUCGGGAUUCGGAAGUGCUACCAAUCCUUCUUUCAGUGCCUUGGACGAUGCAUAUUCCUCACAGAAAUCUUCUUCGGAGGCGGCACCUCCGAACUUUCAGUUAUUCAGCUGGGAAUCUUUUGAACCAGUUGGAGGUCUUCUUCCUCAACCAGAAUGGACUGCGUGGGACCAAACUGUUGAAUAUUGCGCUUUCGCCUACCAGCAAUAUAUUGUCAUAUCCACAUUGCGCCCUCAGUUUCGGUACCUUGGGGAUGUGGCGAUCCCUCAUGCGACCGGAGGUGUUUGGCAUAGGAGGCAACUGUUUGUGGCUACCCCGACUACCAUUGAGUGUGUCUUUGUGGAUGCUGGCAUUGCACCUAUUGACAUAGAAACCAAAAGAAGGAAGGAGGAGAUGAAGCUUCAGGAGGCACAGUCGAGAGCCAUCGCGGAACAUGGUGAAUUGGCAUUAAUAACAGUUGAUAGUCAACAAAAAGCCUCGCAAGAGAGGGUCACUUUGAGACCUCCUCUGUUGCAGGUGGUGAGGUUAGCCGCUUUUCAGCAUUCCCCCUCCAUACCUCCAUUCCUUACAUUGCCUAAACAAUCUAAAGCCGACGGUAAUGAUUCUCCAAUACCAAAAGAGAUGGAAGAAAGGAAAUAUAAUGAAGUUGCCGUUGGGGGUGGAGGAGUUGCAGUUGCCGUUACUAGAUUUCCGUCUGAACAAAAACGACCGUUAGGACCCCUUGUUAUUGCAGGCGUGAGGGAUGGCGUUCUGUGGCUGGUUGACAGGUACAUGUCUGCGCAUGCAAUUUCACUUAGUCAUCCUGGAAUCCGUUGCCGGUGUCUUGCAGCAUAUGGAGAUGCCGUUAGUGCGGUAAAAUGGGCGAGCAGGCUCGGCAGAGAACAUCACGAUGAUUUAGCUCAGUUUAUGCUCGGGAUGGGUUACGCCACUGAGGCGCUUCAUCUGCCUGGUAUAUCCAAGCGACUGGAAUUUGAUCUGGCAAUGCAGAGCAGUGAUUUGAGACGGGCUCUUCAGUGUCUGCUCACAAUGAGCAACAGCAGGGAUAUUGGGCAGGAAGCUCUGGGGUUGAAUUUGAAUGACAUUAUGAAUUUGUCCUCGAAGAAGGAAGAUGUUGUGGAGGCUGUUCAGGGAGUGGUUAAGUUUGCUAAGGAAUUCCUCGAACUUAUUGAUGCCGCUGAUGCUACUGCGCAGGCUGACAUUGCUCGGGAAGCGCUUAAGAGGUUGGCUGCUGCGGGUUCUGUGAAAGGAGCUCUGCAGGGCCAUCAUUUGAGAGGCCUGGCUCUGCGCCUUGCAAAUCACGGAGAAUUGACUCGGCUCAGUAAUUUGGUGAAUAGUUUGAUAUCAGUCGGAUCAGGAAGAGAAGCUGCUUUUUCAGCUGCUCUUUUGGGUGACAACGUACUCAUGGAGAAAGCUUGGCAAGAUACGGGGAUGCUUGCAGAGGCUGUUCUUCAUGCUCACGCCCAUGGCAGGCCCACAUUGAGAAGCCUUGUCCAGGCCUGGAACAAGACACUACAGAAGGAGAUGGACAACACCCCAUCCACCAAAGUCGACGCUGCAGCUGCUUUCCUGGCCUCCCUCGAGGAGUCCAACAUCACAAGCCUCCAAGAUGCCGCCAAGAAACCCCCAAUCGAGAUCCUCCCUCCCGGGAUGGCAUCUCUGUAUGGACCCAACCCAGGCCAGCUCCGUCCCAAAAAGUCUGGCUCUGGCCCCACCAACCCUGCCCUCCCAAGCCCCCAACCUACUAAACCUUUGCAGCUGGAGGCCGCUCCACAAACCGAACCUGCCUCCGAGCCAGCCGAGCAGGAGGAUGUGGCGGCUGUUGCUCCCUCUGAAACCCAGCCGCCGGAUUCUGCUGUUGUGGCCGAGACUGAGUCGGAUGAUAAUACUUUGGAAAAAAAUCAGGAAAAGAGUGUUGAUGAGGCUGAUGGUGAGGGGCCCACGUCGGGAAAUGGUCCGGUUGAGGAGGAUGGAGGGGCCCAGCAUGCCAAUGGCCAACAGAAAGUUGUUCGUGAUGAGCUGCCCAUGAUCGAUUUUACCUGAGACUGAGUGCGUAUUGGAAUUGGAUGAUGAGAUAAUAAUUUUGGUGAUUUUUUUUCUGCUUGGCGGCAGCCAAAGGGAGGAGGAGUACGUUGGUUGGGGUUUGUGUGGUGUUGUGAAAGAGAAUGGCUGGGGUUAGAGAUAUGAUGUGGUUUUUUGUGUUUAUAGUAUAGAGUCCCCUCUUUGGGUCGGUUGUGUUUUCUGUCGUGUCUUUGAUCUUCCAGGUGCGAUUUAUGUACUGUAAUGUAUGGUUGUAUUUUUUGGGCAAUUCGUUCAGUCUGCACGAUUAAAAUUGAGAUACUGGUACUGUAUUGUAUUUCCUGUAAAUUGAGAUUGAACAUAUGCACUUUAGACAGUUCGGUUUGGAUAUUUAGAGAUCAUCAAAAUCCAAUCUCCGUAACUGUACUGAAAAUUGUGACAGUUCGGUUUAGAGAUCUUUAUAUUUUGAUUCGGUUAAGAGUUUCGUGGGUGAUAUAGCAUAGAGUGCUCGAUCUUCAAAACCAUACCAGUUUAAUUUUUUUACCAAUUCGGAUCAAACUAAAA